AGCCAGUCAGGUGCCCCAGGAAAGUUUAUUUCAAAAUUGGUAGUCACACAUAUACCACUUUUGUCUUUCCUGAUCUUUCCUUUUAUAUUGGCCUCCAUUUUUCUCAUUAGUGUAAUAUGAAAAGAUAAUUGUUUGGUCAUCCUGGAAUUCUGGGAACUCCUGCCUCGUGAGUCUACCGAGAUUAUAGAAAUCUAGGUGAGCUGCCAGUGAUGGCGGUAGGAUGGACAGACUCUCCAUCUCUAAGCAUCAGUAGUUAGUUAGAUCAUGUUCUAGCAUAGCCUGUUGAUCUUAGGGAAUCCAGGGUGGUAAUUAAUGAAAAAUGGAGGGUAGAUUUAAAAGUUUAUAGAAGUUAUUGACUGUGUAGCUAUAAUAAUUUUCUUAUCUUGGUUUCUCUUUUUUUCUUCCUGUUUGGAGACAAAGUCAGAGAUUGAGUGGAACAUCAGUUUUUAGAAGUGGAGAAACCUGUCAGAUGCCACCUCCAUCAAGUGAUUACAGUUAACAUCGUCAUAGUGCAACAUGUUGACACCGUGUUCUUCCUGAUAGGAUGCACUGAGAAAGGAUGGAUAGGAUGACAGAAGAUGCUCUUCGCCUGAACCUGUUGAAGCGGAGCUUGGACCCAGCAGAUGAGCGAGAUGAUGUCCUGGCUAAGCGACUCAAAAUGGAGGGGCACGAGGCCAUGGAGCGCCUGAAAAUGUUGGCGCUGCUCAAACGGAAGGAUCUGGCGAAUCUCGAGGUGCCACACGAGUUGCCCACCAAACAGGAUGGCAGUGGUGUCAAAGGCUACGAAGAGAAGCUCAAUGGGAACCUCAGGCCUCACGGAGACACCAGGACUGCAGGGAGGCCAGGCAAAGAGAACAUCAGUGAUGAGCCUGUCGAUAUGAGUGCCAGGCGGAGUGAGCCAGACCGUGGAAGGCUGACUCCCUCCCCAGACAUCAUUGUUUUAUCUGAUAACGAGGCUUCCAGUCCCCGCUCCAGCUCCCGGAUGGAAGAAAGACUCAAAGCAGCCAACCUGGAAAUGUUUAAGGGGAAAGGCAUCGAGGAGCGACAGCAGCUCAUCAAGCAGCUGAGGGACGAGCUGCGGUUGGAAGAGGCCCGGCUGGUGCUGUUAAAGAAGCUGAGGCAGAGCCAGCUGCAGAAGGAGAACGUGGUCCAGAAGACCCCCGUUGUGCAGAACGCAGCAUCCAUCGUCCAGCCCUCUCCUGCCCACGGAGGGCAGCAGGGCCUGUCCAAGCUUCCCUCCCGGCCUGGGGCCCAAGGAGUGGAGCCGCAGAGUCUGAGAACAUUACAGGGUCACAGUGUCAUCCGCUCAGCGACCAGCACCACCCUCCCGCAUAUGUUGAUGUCCCAACGUGUUAUUGCACCAAACCCAGCCCAGCUACAGGGUCAGCGGGGCCCACCUAAGCCUGGCCUAGUACGCACCACAACACCCAGCAUGAAUCCUGCCAUCAAUUACCAGCCGCAGUCGAGUUCUUCUGUCCCCUGCCAGCGCACGACCUCCUCUGCCAUCUACAUGAACCUCGCCUCCCACAUGCAGCCGGGGACUGUGAACAGGGUGUCCUCGCCGCUUCCGAGCCCCAGCACCAUGACCGACGCCGCCAACUCCCAGGCCGCCGCCAAGCUGGCUCUUCGCAAACAGCUGGAGAAGACCCUCCUGGAGAUCCCGCCCCCUAAACCUCCUGCUCCCCUGCUUCACUUCCUGCCUAGUGCGGCCAAUAGCGAGUUCAUCUACAUGGUGGGCUUGGAAGAAGUCGUGCAGAGUGUCAUCGACAGCCAAGGCAAAAGCUGUGCCUCGCUCCUGCGGGUCGAGCCCUUUGUCUGUGCCCAGUGCCGCACAGACUUCACCCCCCACUGGAAGCAGGAGAAGAACGGUAAGAUUCUGUGUGAGCAAUGUAUGACCUCCAACCAGAAGAAGGCUCUAAAGGCUGAGCACACCAACCGGCUGAAAAAUGCUUUUGUUAAAGCCCUACAGCAGGAACAGGAAAUCGAGCAGCGACUACAGCAGCAGGCAGCCCUCUCCCCCACCGCGGCACCGGCCGUGUCCAGUGUCAGCAAACAGGAGACCAUCAUGAGACACCACACGCUUCGGCAGGCUCCACAGCCCCAGAGCAGCCUCCAGCGCGGCAUCCCCACGUCCGCUCGCUCCAUGCUCUCCAACUUCGCCCAGGCGCCCCAGCUGUCCGUGCCCGGUGGCCUCCUUGGGAUGCCAGGUGUCAACAUUGCAUACUUGAACACCGGCAUCGGGGGACACAAAGCUCCCAGUUUGGCAGACAGACAGCGGGAGUACCUUUUAGACAUGAUCCCUCCCCGGUCUAUAGCGCAGUCCAUCAGCGGGCAGAAAUAACACCUGUCCACGCGCACUGCCCCAGCCUUGAACCCUCUACCCCUCCUCUCCCAUUGCCCCCAACUCCCGUCGCAUGCAGUGCCUGUACUGGUGCCUACCAUACACGGAAAACAAACAAGACAACAGAAGACAAACUAGAAGUCAACAGGAAAACACGCGCCCUGCCCCGCCACCCUCUCUCACUGCUGCGACUCUGCGCUCUUGUCUUCUCUCCAGUUUUCUCUCUCCGGUUUUCUUUCACAGUGAGGUGCUCUUCUCCUCGGAUGAGGUCAGAGCAAGGUCCUGGGGAGAAAUCUAAGCCCUCCGGCGUGUGUCUGAAGUUUUUAUGCUCUAAUUAUUAUCAUUUUUAAUGA